GGAUUGAAAAUCAAUCAGCUAGUACGACUUGGAAAUCACGGUAAUAAAUAGUCAGGAGCCCUGGGUGGAUCGACAGUCUCUCGGACCGGGCGCGAGUACCUGCACACACGGCCUGAAACAAUUCCACUGCGAGGAUGUGAGAGCGACUCGGCAGAACGUCAGCGGCCCCCAGCUAGUCAGCUGGCCAUUCCAACCUGCCGUUCCUUCUCUGCACCUGCCAUAGGAACCUGAUCAAACCGAUCGUAAGGCUUUGCACUAUCGCCAUGGAUUACGAGCGUCUAAACGACAGCGACAAGCCGGUUACCUUAAACGUCGGUGGUCAUAUCUACACUACCGCAUUCUCCACCCUCACCCGCUAUCCCGACAGCACCCUCGGCGUUCUAUUCGGCGGGCAGAAGUCCGCCAUGUUGGAUGACCGUGGGAACUACUUUCUGGACCGGGACGGCGAGAUUUUUCGUUACGUGCUGAAUUAUCUCCGCACGGGGCAGCUCAAUUUGCCGUCAAAGUUCCCAAACUUCGACCUUCUGUGUGCAGAGGCGGAGUACUACCAGAUUCCAGGGUUUGGAGUUGCCUUAGCAAAGUACAGAGCCGGCUUGGGAAACAUCUGCGUGAUUCUUGACGUCAGUCCUGAAGGAUCUUCUCUCGGCGUCUUCGGAGCUCGGAAUCUUCUUGAAGAAACCCUCGGGACAACAUCAGGGAAGUUCCGAAGCCAGUACUACAGCGACUGCGUGGUGAAGGCGGUGGAGAUCUUCGACAAGCUCACCGCGCGAGGUUUCAUCCUGCAAGGUGCCACAGCGACAUCUAGCGAGACUGAGGAGAACGGCCUCAAUCAGCAACAGACCUGGACAUUCUGCCGUUCCUGUUACACUUAGAGAAACGUUGCCACUGGAUAUCACGUCCAACUAUCUUAUCAUAUAGCUGCCUUGUUAUGUAAAUAUUCAUUCUACUGACCAAGACCAGAGUGACUGGUUGAAAGCUCUGUGUGAGUGAACUUUAUUGUGAUGGAUCUAAAGUUUUAACUUUAAACAUGUAACGUUACUACCAACACAGAGCUGGUGUGUUACGCCGAAAGGCGGUUAUACCGGCUAUACAGAUACAGAUGAGCUUUCAUGAUAGUAUUCAGAAAAUAGUAUACGGUUCCCUGUAUUCGGUGAAAGUAUGUGCCAACGGUACUACAUAAUCUACAUUAUAAGCUAACGUUAACACUCAAACGUUACACAUAAGCCUAACGUUAUGUGGUACACUCUCAUAUAUUAGCCUCCAAAAGGCCUUCCUAAGUGGAUCGUAAAAUUCGGGAAAAAAUAUGAAUAGUUGGCCAGGUCAGUCAAUAUAAAAAAAAAUGUUAAAAUUUGUAUUGUGGCAUUUUUGUAACCUUUCUUUCCGUAGCUCGGUCUGUCGGCUUUUACCAACGAUGCCGAAUUAGAGUAAUGACAUCUAAGCAACAAUACACGAAGUGAUCUUCAAGGAUAUGCAUGUUGCUAUCUUUACUGUUUUCCCAAACUCUGUGUACAUAUCUAGUUAACAAAUAUUCGAGAAUCAAAGAAAUAAAUUAAACUCUAGUGUCGACGUCCAAUGCCUAACUAAUGUACAUCACACAUACAUACA